AGAAAGGUUCCGGGAAGCCGGAAGUGAUCGAGGGACGAGAUUAAACAACGGAGCGGCGGCCGCGGUUCGGUUUGUUUUUUGUUGGUAAAAAAAAAACGAAGUGAAACGGUUCUGAUUCUGGUUCAGGUUCUUCUCAGACUUUAGAAGCAGAACCGAAUCCGCACCGGACCAACGUGGGACCGGGUCUAGGGCCGCUAAGGCUGCUGGGUAAUAUGAUGACGUCGAGGCUGCGUUGAUUGGAAAUAAUAAUAAUAGAAGAAGAAGGAGGAGGAGGGGGAGCAUGUCUGUCUCUCUGUCCGCCAAGAGGGACAGGAUCCAGAGACAAGUGGACGAGCUGGAGCAGAGUCUGUCUGCAAGUCACACUGAGAUGGAGCAGCUGAGCAGUGAGACAGAUGAUGGGUCAGACAGUGAGGACGUGGAUCGCAUGGAGGACGAGUCUGCAGCAGGUCUGUUGGUCCAGAGACAAAAGAUCCAGAAAGAGAUCCAGAACCUGGAGGACGUCCUCGGACCACACAGUCCCCUCAGUGUCUCAGAUGAGGACAGCAGCAGUGAUGAGAGUGAUCUCGGUCUGUCGAUGUCUGUGGACUCAUGUCUCCAGAUGAACCUGGUUUACCAGCAGGUUGUUCAGGAGACGCUGGACCAGCUGGAGAAACUACUGACACUCAACCAGAGACAGCAGAAGGAGCUGGUGUCUCAGAUGUGUGGACCGGUCAGAGAGACGUCCCGGGACCCCCCCCACUCGUCCUACCAGCAGCCUGUCAACAUGUACCUGGGACGCUUCCUCAAACCGUACUUCAAGGACAAGCUGACAGGACUGGGUCCUCCGGCCAAUCAGGAGGCCAAGGAGAAGGCCAGCAGGACGGUGGGAUGUCUGGACGACAGGAAGCUGAAGAUGAAACGAUGGGAGAGCUGGCAGAAGACUCUCCUGAUCCACUCAGUGUCCACAGACAGUCUGAAGAGACUCAUCCAGCCCAAACUGUCCAGGGUGGACUACCUGAGCCAGAAGAUGUCCUCAGCAGAGGACAGAGACAAGCAGCAGCUCAGAGAGCAGAUAGACAGUUUGGAGAAAGAGAUUGACCUGAUCAGAGGGAAGAAGGAGGAGGAGCUGAUCGGUGAUCGAUUUGAAGAACACGACUGGCAGAAGAUCUCCAACAUCGACUUUGAAGGGACGAGGGACGCUGAGGACAUCCGCUGUUUCUGGCAGAACUUCCUUCAUCCGUCCAUCAACAAAACUCGUUGGAGUAAAGAGGAGGUUCAACAUCUGAAGGACGUCAGCAGGAGACAUGGAGACAGACACUGGGUCCAGAUCUCUGAGGAGCUGGAGACUGGACGGACAGCCUUCAUGUGUCUCCAGAUGUUCCAGAGGUUUGUCUCCGUCUCGUUGAAACGUGGUAGUUGGACUCCGACUGAAGACGCUUUGCUCAGAGAGCUGGUCGACAAGAUGAGGAUCGGAAACUUCAUCCCGUACACACAGAUGAGUUACUUCAUGGAGGGUCGUGACCCGGCUCAGCUGAUCUACAGGUGGAACCAGGUUUUGGACCCAAGCCUCAAGAGAGGACCUUGGACCAAAGAGGAGGACCAGGUGUGUUGGGGGCGGGGCUCAAGAGAGGAGGACCAGCUGCUGCUCUCUGCUGUGUCUCGGUUCGGGGAGAAGAACUGGUGGAAGAUCCGGUUGGAGGUUCCUGGACGGACUGACAGUGCCUGCAGAGACAGGUAUCAUGACUGUCUGAAGGAGGGGAUGAAGAGAGGACUGUUUGACCAGCAGGAGAAGGACCUGCUGCAGCAGCUGGUGGACAAACAUGGAGUCGGGCGCUGGGCUAAAAUCGCUGCUGAGAUUCCUCACAGGACCGAUGCUCAGUGUCUGAGGGAGUGGAGGAGACUGAUCAGACGUCCUCAGCAGAAAGCAAAGAGAGGACAACAAACAAAGGAGACGUCAUCGGGGAAGAGAGGAAGACUGAAGACAUUGAUGGAGGAGGAGGAGGAGGAGGAGGAGGUGGAGUACAUGGACAGCGAUGACGAGAAGAAGAAGAAGAAGAAGCAGCUGGUGGAUUCGGGGAGGACUGAGGAGGAGCAGGAGUAUGUCGUCCCUCCGAUGAAGGAGUGGGUUCCUGUGGACAGAGUUCAAAGUUUCUCCUUCUUGAGCUUCUGUCCUGUGGCGUUACCCUCCUCCUCCUGCUCCUCGUCCUCCUCCUCCUCCUCCUCCUCCUCUGUCCGGUCCACCAUCGCGGGGCCGUUCGGCCGCUCGGUGGUGGUGGGACCAGCUCCUCGGGUCCUGAAGUGGGAGGAGCGUCACGGUAGUGGAGCCAUGAUGAUGGUGUCACCGGACCAGCUCCGAGCCCACCUGACCCGCCAGGCCAACCAGGCCAGCAACCAGGUCCAGGCCCCGGGGGGGCGCCGCCGGGUCCAGCUGACGGACGCCGGUCUGGACUACAUGCUGCAGGCCGCGGUGACGCCCUGGAUCGGGAACCUUCUGAUCCCGGUGAAGAGCCGAGUACGGGUGGUGGACCGCGUACGGGAGCGGGCGGAGAGGAGCGGCCUGACCUCCACGCCGCUCUUCCUCCUCCUCCUCCGGGUCAUGAGCGUGGACGCCACCGGCUGUAAGGAGGUCAUAGAGAGGAGGAAGAGGGGCACGGUCCUACUGACUCCGCCCCCCGACCCAGCGCCGCUCAAGGUGAAGAACCCCAAGACGGUGGCAGGAAUUCUCCAGCAGAGAAAGCUCAUGAAGCCCCAGAACCAGAACCAGAACCAGGCCGGGCCUAUGACCUCCUCAGCUCCCCCCAGACCUCCUCCUCCUCCUCCUCCCCCUCUCCCCGUCUCUGUGGUCUCCAUCCUCCAGAACGUCUCCCAGAACCUCACUCUACCCCCCCACCCUUUCCAGAGCCGGACCGGUCCCCGUGCUGCUGGACCCAGACGGAUCGCCUCCCCUAACGAAGUUGCCAAGGCUGAAGACCCUCGGAAUGUCCUCAUCCUUCCUCUUCCUGUCCAGCAACUAGCCCCUCCCCCAUCCCUGACCACGCCCAUUCCCAUGUUGCAGACUCCUCCCCUUACCACGCCCCCUCUCCCUGUGCAGGCUCCUCCCCCCUCCCUGAAUACGCCUUCUGGCUCAGUUUUAGCCCCUCCCAUCCCCGCCCUGACCAAUCGACAAGCUGCUGCCUCCUCUUCAGACUCCACCCCCAGCCAUCCAAGCCCUGUCCCCAAAGGACAGGGGAAGAAGAGGGGGAGGGGCAGGGGGGAGGAGCUGAGUGUGUUGAGCAGUCAGGACAACCAGUCAGAGGGCAGGACACGUCCAGGUGAGACACAGGAACCAAAGAGGGUCCGGAAACCGAGUCAGAAAGCCCGAGCUCUGCAGGAAGUCCAGGAGGCCAAGUCUGUCUCCAGGAGGAAGAGGACAUCUCCAGGUCCUCAGGUGAAGCGUAGUUCUGGUUCUGCAGGUCCGGUCUUGAAUCUACUUCCUGCUCAGUCCAUGUGGCUCAUGACUCCGUCCACAUUGGUCCAGGUGGCGGAUGCCCCCUCCCAAGUUCUCCCCUCCCCUUCUCAACCCCUCCACGCCCCCUCCAAAGUCCUACAGGUGGCCCCCGCCCCCUCCCAAGUCCUCCGCACCCCCUAUCAACCCCUCCACGCCCCCUCCCAAGUCCUCCAAGUGGCCUCCGCCCCUUCCCGAGCCCUCUGCGCCCCCUCCCAAGUCGUCCUGGUGCCCCCCCCUCCUUUCCAAGUUCUCCGCGCCCCCUCCCAAGUCCGCCAGGUGGCCCCCUCCCCUUCCCAAGUCCCCCAGGUGGCCCCUUCCCUCUCCCAAGUCCUGAUCCCAACCUCCACCCUCCCACCGCCCCCUGUCCCAACCCCUCUGAAGAGGGUGGGCGUUCCUGCACCCUGCCCCCCACCAACCCUUUCACCACCUCCUCCUCCCAGAAUGGAGGCGGUGCCGUUUGACCCCUCCCUCAUGUUUCUGGAGCCCGAGGAGGAGGUGUGUGAUUGGCUGAAUGGACGAGGAGGCGUGACCCUGCCUGGAGGGGGCGUGGCUCUGCCUGGAGGGGGCGUGGCUCUGCCCUACCUGCCGCCCUUCGUCAGCAGUCUGUGCGCGCUCAGUUUGCUGCUCCGGGCCAAAAAGGCUCUGACCAAGUCAUCUCUGCAGCUCCUGAUCCAGGGGUCAGAACCCCGACCCCGACACGUCCCCCUACCCAAAACCAGACCGGACCACACCAAGACCACCUCCAGUCAGAGGCCACCAGACCUGCCAGACUCCACCUCAGACCCCCAACCGGCCAUGGACCCACCAGCUCCCUCUGCCAGUACUGACCCCGCACAGCAGCAGGAGGAGGAGGAGGGGGAGAAUAAUGAGGAGGAGGAGGAGGAGGAGGAGGAGGAGAAGGUGAUGGUGGCGGCGGUACGCCAUCUGGUGGCCGAGCGUUUCUCCGGCAAUCCCGCCUACCAGCUACUGAAGGCUCGCUUCCUGUCCUGUUUCACUGUCCCCGCCCUCCUGGCCACCAUCCAGCCAAUCACAGGGAAGAUAGCAGCUUGCACGGCCAAUCAGAAGGAGCAGGAGGAGGAGGAGCAGGAGGAGCAGGAGGAGGAGGAGGUGAAGAAAAUCAAAGAGAGAGCCAGACAGAGAAGAAGAGGGAAGACGUCGUCUCUGCUCUGUGACUCCUCCAGAGAUUCAGCCGCUCUCUUCUCAGGGAUCAUCAGGACGUCCACGGACCAGACAAGACCAGAACCGGACCUGGUUUAGUUGAUGGUCCCUGGACCCACCAGGUCUGUUUGGACUGAGCUUCGUGUUGCGUUCAGGAACCUCAGGGUGAUUCAUUGCACUAAAACGUUUCAGUUGUUUUCUAAUAAAGACGUUAAAAUAA